CGGCGGGAAAGGCCGACCAGUCGGAGUAUGAACAACGCGGGCGACGAGAGCGUCGCCGCUGUUCUCGAGACGCUCCAUGCAAUGAAGCCCGAGAAGGCGAAGCAGCGCGCCGCCUCGCGCCUGCCUCCGUACCGUGGCACCCCCGUUAGAGCCGCGAGCACGAGCAGUUUGGUCCCGCGCCUUCGCAAGCCGAUCGAGAAGCCCGAUGCCCUCACGCGGUCGCAGGAGCUGCAGGUGGCGGUCACCGACCUCACACAGCGCUUGCGUGACAAGAGCGACCAGUGCGACGAGCUCCAUAGCUGUGUGAGCCGACUCAACAAGGAGCUGCGCCUCUCGGUGGACCAGGCCUCGCUCCUCCAGCACGCAGCGGCCGAAAAGGACAAGGAGAUUCAGACGCUGCGGGCGCACGUGGAUGACUUGUACCAAGUGCAGCAGCAGCUCCGCGCGGAGAGUCUCCAGUCCAAGGCCGCGCUCACCCGUCGGCAGUCGGAGGGCAUAAUGGUGCUGCCACCGCCGCCCGAAGCCGACGAGAUGCCGGUGCGACGGACGUCCGUGGCGCUCGACGAGACGAUGGAGUGUCUCCGCCUCGAACUCGGUCAACUCGAAGCGCAGUGCCAAGCGCAGUCCAGUGAGCUGACGCGGUCGACGGCCGAGAACGCGGCGCUGCUCGCGUCGAUGCGGCAGUGGCAUGCGAUGCUGUCGCUGCCGCCCCUUGAUGCGGACGAGGGACUCCACGAGGCGUUGACGCAGGCGCUGGCGCAGGAUACUUCGGCACAACGCCGUCGUCACGAUCAGCUUGUAGCAACCUGCGACGCCCAACGCAAGGAGCUUCUCGCGUUUCGUCUCGAGAAGGCACUGCAGCGUCGGUGCCGCGUGACCACCGACUCGAUCUACGACUUGGAGGCGCACGUCGAGGCUUUGGCCGCGGCAAAUGCGCAGUUGGCGGACGCUGCGCAGAACGAAGCGGCGAGAAGUGAGCUCUGGGCGACGCAAUGUAGCGUCGUGCAAGAAGCCCUCGAGGCGCUGAGCGACCGGUGGGAGGCCUCGCUCGAGGACGAGCGGCAGGCGGCCGACGAAAAGCUCAGCGCUGCCCACGAGCAUAUUGAAGCGGUUGAGCAGCAGCUGCACGACGAGGCUAGAGACCACGAAGCGGUGCUGGAGGCGUACGCAGCGUGCCAAGACGAUCUCGUCCAGGCCCAAGAGGCACUGAAUGCGGCGACAAACCACUGCGAAUUUGUGCAGAGCCAGCUCCAGAAGCUUCAGGUGACGCGCUGCCAGGCGCGCUGCCACUGCUGUGACGAGAGCACGCAAACAACGGCGACAACAUUGGCAUCGCCAUCCACGUCUUGCCAAGAAGACGUCAACAACAACGAUGCGACAAGUACAACUUUACGUGGCUUCCUGGCGGCGGGCGGCGUUGUCUCGGUGGUUAUGGACGGUGCCAGCGUCCUCCCCGGUGACGAAAGCACUCCAAGCAUCAACAGCGGUGACGCCACCGCUGCGAGCCACGACAAUGAGAAUGACACGACAGAAGAACGUAAGCAAGGACCUUCGCCGGUCAAGGCGACGUCCCAGUGGAUCACCGUGAUUGAAGCGAUGCAGGCCAACCACGAGCUGGAGCUCGACGUCCUUCGGUCUGACGUCGCAGACGCGCUUGCCAAGCUCGCAGCGCGCGACGCCGAGGUCGACCAGCUCGUCUUGGACCUCGAGGCGAGCCACUGCGCAGCGGGGAAGCUGCGCGUCGACUAUGACGUGGCAGCGGGUGAUGGCCCGUGGGAACGCACGACGUUUCCGCACACACCGGGCGGUCGUCUCCUUGCGGUCGCGUGCGAGUCUUUUGCAAGCGCCGACUGCGAGAGCCACACCGAGCGGAUGGCACCAAUGGCGGUCGUGCGCAUCGACGACAACUCGCCUCCACAAGAAGUCACAACCGCGCUCGAAGCGCGCGCGCUUGAAAUGGCUCUCGAAGAGCUGGAGCUGGCCCACGCCGACGUCGAGUCGCACCGCGCCUGCGUGCGCGAUGUUCAGAUGCAGCUUCUGGCGACAGAAUCGCAGCUCGCGUCGGCCGUCGAAACGAAUCACAUGCAGGCGGAAGAGACAGCAUACCAUCGCAAAUACCUCCUCCCGAGCUCCACACCCAACCACGUCGGUGAUAGCCGCACCCAGAUGGAGCAACUUGGCAUGCACUUGGAAGACCUCAGCGCGACGUUACUGGCCCAUACGGCGUCUGCCGAUGCGACUCAAAGGGCAAUGUCGCAUCUGCAAGGCGAGGCAGCCGUGCUGUCGACUCGUGUUGCCGAGGCCGACGCCCGCCUUGGACUGCUCACAUCGGCGGCGAACAACGCAGAAAUGACCAUUUUUUCGCUGCAAAUCAGCACAGCAACGCAAGACGCCGCGCUCGUCGAGGCCAACGCUGCGCUCGACAAGCAAACGAUGGAGCUCGCGACCUGCCACGCUGAGAACGCUAGCGCCCACGCUCGCCUCGCGGCGCUUGUGACCGACCACGCGGCGACCCUCGCGCAAAUGGAACAGCGCGCGAUGCAGAGCGAAGAGUUGUCGCCAGUACCAGGUUUGCAAGACCUUAUUACACGCCAAGAGAUGUGCUUGGCCACGAUGGCGGAAGAGAAAAUUGCACUCCUAGAUCACUUGCGCGCGCAAGCGACCGAGUUGCAACAGCUGCUCUCGCCAGACGCGCCACCGUUGGGUAGCAAGGCUGACGAAGCCCGUCCGACGCUGCUUCUGCACCAAGAGCUUGUCCAGGAACUCCAGUCUCUCGUGCGCACCUUGCAGUACGACGUUGAAAUGUACAAGGCGACGAUCGCAACUCUGGAGGCGGACCGUCGCGUGCUCACGUGCGAAGACGACGAGUGGCCGCGCCGCAUCGAGCUCUCGGCCGAGAUUCGAGCGCCAAUGGCCACCGAUGACGGCGACUUUGGUCCGUGGGAGUCGGACACGGACGAGUCGCCAUGCCUGGAGCGCAGGCUCUGGACGAUUCCCGAGACGAAUGACGACGUCGAGGGUGACGAGAGCGACGUUGCUGAUACCUCCGUAAGCCCCAGCGCUGGAUCGGGAACAGAGCUAGCAGCGCUACGCUCCGAGCUGGAGCGUGCGACUGGCGAUCUGAUGACGGCGCCGAUGAACACGGAGGUGCUGCAGCGCCUUGCCAACCACCUCGACCAGCACAACGAUGCACUGCAUUCGACGAGCGAGUCCGAGUCUGAGAUUGUGGCGCUUCUGCACCACACCCAGAGCCUCCUUACACGUGUCCUCACGACGGCGGCGACAGCCAACGAUCCGGUGGCAACUGACAACAACAACACCGACAACGACGACGAUGACGACGACGGCGAGACGGACAACGACACGACGCCCGACGAGGCCGAGUGUCGCAUUUGUUGCUGGGAUGCCGUAGACGCGUCGACGACUGACAUUGGUGGUGUCGACAGUGAGGAGCCAGCACCCAUCGGGGUUGUCGUGGUGCACAUCGGCAGCCACGAGAUCCAGGCUGGCGUUGUACGGAGUGGCACAAGCCCGAACCUUCCCGACCUCCGGCUCCUGGCCAAGCACGUUGACACGCGGACGCCUGCGGAACCGCUCCUGCGCCUCGGUGCGAUCCAGGACUUUGACGCGUUCGAGGCGACGCUGCGCCGCGUCUUUUCGCUCUUGCAGGUGGCGCCGCCAUUGUACAAGAUGAUUCUCUUGCACAAACCGUCCAUCUCGCCGCUCGAGAAGGAGCGCCUCGUCGACAUCGCCAUUGAGCACUGCCAUGCAUCGAGCGUCAACCUCGUGACGUACGCCCAAGUCGCGCUCGUGGCCGCCGGACGCCACACGGGCCUCGUCGUCGAUCUGGGCGUCGACACGCUCUACGUGGUGCCCAUCUUUGAAGACAUGGUGCUCGAACAUGCCGUCGUCAAGCUCGCGCUCGCGUCGCCCGUGUGGACAGCCUCCGAGACGCCCGAGACCGCGCUCGACCGCCUCUUUGCACCCGACGCCGCGCAGUGCGCCAUGGGCGUCGUGACUGCGAUCCUCCAAGUGCUGGGGCUAUCGACGCCUGUGAUCCAUGGCACGCUCGUACGUCACAUCGUAUUGACCGGCGGCCCGGCGUCCGUCGCCGGUCUCGCGGAUCGCCUGCAUCGCGAGCUCACCGAGUGCGUCGCAUCCAUCGACACGGUGCCGCACCCGACGCUGAUCCAAGUCCACGUCGCGCCAGAGACCCUCUACCACGGCGCGGUCGUCCACGCGCAGAAGCUCUCGUCGCACAAGUGGAUCACACGCGCCGACGUGCGCCACGACGGCGCGGCCAUCGUGCAUACGAAAUGCUUUUAAGAUUCGCGUAUCGUACCGUUCUGCGCGUCCGCC